AAGACACCACAAUACCAAAACAUGUUAUUGUUACACAUAUAUCACUAUAUAUGCAUGCGUGCUAAGUUUUUGCACACCAAAAAAAAACAUGAUAGAAGAAGAAACACAAAAGUUUUCCAAGGCAUGUUUAGUAGUUUUAGCAUGUCUUUGUUACUCUUUCUUUAUACCUUCUAAACUUCCCAAAGGCAAAAUUAGGUUAUUUUCUCUCCUCCCGAUUUUCUCUCUCUUCACAAUACUCCCACUUUCUCUCUCUAGACCAAUUCCUAUUACUAUAAUAAGUUGGUUUAUAACAUGGUUAGCAAACUCUAAACUUCUUCUUUACUCCUUUAAUCUUGGACCAUUAUCAACCCAAAAAUCCUUAAUUAAUUUCAUAUUAAUUGCUGCAUUACCUAUUAAAAUAAAGAGAAAAGAUCCUCUACAUUGCACCCCACAAAACACUAGAAUACUACCCCCAAAUAAUUGGGUAAGAUCUUUCUUUUUUAUUCUUUUUGUAGUAAUUUAUGACUUUACAAAAAGUUGGAUUAUGUUUGGUUUUGCAUUAUUUCUUUUUAUUGAUUUAUGUUUUGCAAUUUGUGCAUUUCUUGUGGGACCCUUUGGUUUGGAGCUAGAAGAGCCGUCUGAUGAACCUUAUGCUUCAUCAUCACUACAAGAUUUUUGGGGUAAGAGGUGGAAUCGUAUGGUAUCUGAUACACUGCGUCACACAGUAUACAAACCCAUUAGGUUAACUUUUGUUAAAUUUGUGGGCUUAAAAUGGGCCCAAGUGAUGGCUACUAUGGCAACUUUUUUUGUAUCUGGGCUUGUACAUGAGCUUAUGUACUAUAAUGUGUCACGUGUUAGGCCCACAUGGGAAGUCACGUGCUAUUUUUUACUGCAUGGGGUAUGUGUGGUAAUUGAGAUGGCAUUGAAGAGGGAAUUGGGCUUGAAGUUGAAUUUACAUUGGGCUAUUUCAGGCCCAUUAACUGUUGGGUUUGUGAUGACUACAGGUUAUUGGUUGUUUUUCCCACCACUUUGGAGGAAUCAUAUUGAUGCUGAGUCAAUUGAGGAUAUUAAAACAUUUGGCAAGAAUUUGAAGAUGGUAUUUUAGAUGAUUUUAGAGAUAAUUAUGGUUGAUGCAACUUUGUGGUUGUAUUAGAUCUAUAUUUCCUCUUUUAAUGAAGGGAAGAAUAUGCAUAAAUAUAUAUAGGCAUUUAUGGAAUACUAGAAUAGUUCUUUAGUUUGUUUUUUUAGUUCUCAUUUUAAAUUGUUAUAUUUCUUUUUGGGUUUGUUUCCCUUUCUCAUUAUAAAGAGAAAAAAUAGUCUUAAUAGAUGCAUUAAUAUAUUGAAUGAUAUUGACACGUCAUAAUUUUGUGACGAUGAAA